GAAGAACCUGAUGCGCCAAUCCAUGAUAACCACCAUGAAACGGCAAAGGAUGCUAGUCCGGGGGCUGCGCACGGGACACAGCAGGCUGGGGUCUGUUGGCAUGGCACAGUUUGCAUGACUUGAAUAACCUGUUCCAACAUGAUCAGAUUGAUUAUCAUUUUGACACCUGUGUUUUUCAACAGGGUCGCCCAUCUUGAAGAAGUCAAAAGUUGGUACGGUGUAGUUAUCGAGAGAUAGAUUUGGUUGGGCGAGUCGAGGCUCAACACUCAUCGCGCCAGGCGUGAGUUCGGCCGCCGUAUCAAUCCUUCGAUUUCCUGAGGGUUUCAAUAGAUGUGGGUUUGCAAUAAAUAUGACACGCAGACGCUAAGACGCCUUUUAUUGCCCUUGAAGAACAACGGCGAGGAUGGUGGUUGUUUUUGGGUAGUUUCUAGCGGCCGAUCAUGCCCAGUGCCACCAUCUGAGCAGCCUUCGAGUUUGUCUGUCACAUCAGCUUAAAAUUUAAAGUUAUGGCAGUGAGGAAAAAACUGCAGAAAGAGAUCAACGAAAUCAUCGAAUUAUGUCAGGCAUUGGUGAUGGGAUCCCACAUACAGAUUACUUGAUGGACUGGAUGCGCAUUCCCGAGCCUUUUUUUGGCUUCGCCUGAUUCGUGUUGGGAGGAGUUCAGCCUAAUCUUGUCCUAUUCCCCCCUUUUUGUUCUUGUUUUUUCUUGUGCUUGACUACCGACAUUCCGCUCUCUGAAUCGCGACGACCAUAGGCUUUCUCGUCCGGCCGGAAAUGCGUAGCGCUGCUAGUAUAGCGAAUAUGGCAGCAAUUGUCCCGUAUCCCAAGCAUCCCCCCCUGAUGCUGCCCUGGGCCGGGGUUGAGUUGAACUAGGAGUACGAGCUUCAGUAUGCGCCAACAUGCUUAACACCUCCUGUUUCCCGCUUAAAGCCUGUCCAUGAACACGAAUCUCGUGUCCGAACAAGUGGACGGCAUGUGUUGCGAAUCCCAAUGAAGGGACUCUUUACGCUCUCAGAACAUAUAAUAGCGUAGAUAUUUCAAAGUGUAUAAAUGAGAGGCAAUAUCCUCAAACCAACUAUGUCAUUCACUCUGAGUUUUGUAUGACACACUCUCCCUUAGUUAUUUGAAUAGAUUUCGAUCCUUUUUAACUUAUUUCUUUAUUUCUUUUUCCUUUUUUCUCCAAUUGAGACACCAAAAUCCUGAAGCGCCAAAAUGCGCCUGUCUACUUUUUCGCUGGCUCUGCUUCUGAGCAGCGUGGUAUCUGCCACGCCAGCCUUCGAAAUAUUUGAGCGCAAAGUGGGCUCCAGCUGCAAAACCAUGGACGGCAUGGGAGUUUGCAUGGCCAGAAGCAAGUGCGGCGGAGUGUACUACGAUGGAGCUUGUGGCAGGAACUCUGGAGAAACCCGCUGCUGCGUUCAAGUGAAGUGCGAAGUUGGGGGGAAAACAGGGCAAUGCCAAAAUAUCAAGAGGACUAAAUGCAAGGGUGGGAAAUACCAUAUCGGAAGUAGGAAUACUUGCCCCGCUGGGAAGAAUGUUCGGUGCUGCAUAGAAGACAAUGAUAAACCCAAGAAGCCCAAGCCCAAGCCCAAGGAGCCCAAGAAGCCCAAGAAGCCUAAGAAGCCUAAGAAGUCCAAGAAGCCCAAGAAGCCCAAGAAGUCCAAGAAGACUGUCGGGCAGAAGAUCCUCGCCGUCGCCAUGAAGGAGAAGGGAACGAGGUACGUCUGGGGCGGUGGCUCCUGCAAGGGCCCUACCAAGGGAGGCUAUGACUGCUCCGGGCUCGUCGCCUAUGCUGUAUGCAAAGUUACGAAACGAAAUCUCUUCAGAGAAGGUCUGCGUGUGACGUAUUCUAUGUACUGUGCUUCUAGCAAAAGGCUGGGCAAAUUCAAGAAAGUCCCCUUCUCCAAGCGCCGUGCCGGUGAUGCUGUCUUCUUUGGGUCUAACUGCAGCUGCAAGAAUCAAAAUAUCUCCCACAUGGGCUUGAUGAUCAACUCUGGCGACCGCAUGAUCCACGCACCAAACCGAAGAACUGUGGUCAAGGAAGGCAGAGUUUCCCGGCAAGGAAGCCUGAAGGCUUGCCCGUAUGUGAUCCGAUUCGGAUAAGCUAAGCUUUGGAUGCAUGAUGCGUGGGUAUCCACUAGUUGGCAGUUUUCCAAUAUAGUUCCUUCUAUAUUCCUAUUUCGAGUUAUUGACUCGUCGUUAGUCAAGUUUUUGUUUGUAUACUUCUUCUCCCUCUGUUGAUCAUGAGCGAUUUCGUGUUGUACUUUUUUUGCUUACUUUCUCUUCUCCUUAUUUUCACAUAUAUAGUUAGACUGUACAGGUACAAUUCGAUAUUUAUUUUUGCAUAUCCCCUAGAAUGAAGCUCAUG